AAUUUAGUAUUUACAUUUUACAAACAUUGUCCAACUCGCAUGGCUUGUGUAAAUGUGUAAUGGUAUCUCGUACAGUCGUAUCUGUGAAGUGUGAAUCACAUUUUGUGAUUUAAGUGAUUUUAAUGUUAGCAUUAACCUUACUCCUAGUUUUAAAUUAACCUCAUAACGAAUUUGUCAUAUUUCAAGUCUUGUAAUUUAUUAUAUUAUUUAUGAUCUCAAAAUCUUAUUUCCGUUGCCUUUUAAACAGACACAGAAGCUUCACUUUUCUUAAAGAAUAAUAAUUUUCUAAAAUGACUGGAAAAUUAAAAACUAUUUGUUCAUUAAAAGGCCAUUCUGGUAUUGUAUGGAAUACAUCAUGGCAUCCAAAAGGACUGAUGUUGGCUUCCUGUGGCGAAGAUAAAACCAUCAGAUUGUGGAAUUAUAAGGAUGGUGAUAAAAGCACUUUAAAAUGUUUGCUAGCUGAUGGUCAUCAGCGUACUGUCAGGGCAAUUGCAUGGUCGUAUUGUGGUCAAAGUUUAGCAUCAGCUAGUUUUGAUGCGACUAUAGCUAUUUGGGAUAACAAAUCUGGACAGUUUGAAUGUAAUGCUACUCUUGAAGGUCACGAAAAUGAAGUUAAAAGUGUAGCAUGGUCAAGAUCAGGCUCAAUGUUGGCGACGUGUAGUCGUGAUAAAUCUGUAUGGGUAUGGGAAGUAUGGGAGGAUAACGAAUAUGAGUGUGCAGCAGUCUUAAAUGCACAUUCACAGGAUGUUAAGAAAGUAGUAUGGCAUCCCCACGAAGAUAUAUUGGCAUCCGCUAGUUAUGAUAACAGCGUUAAGUUGUACAUGGAAGAUGCAGACAAAGAAUGGACUUGUGUGGGUACUUUGAGCUCACACACAUCAACUGUCUGGAGUUUAGCGUUUGAUAAGACUGGUGAUCGACUUGUGACUAGUAGUGACGAUCGGACUUUAAAGAUAUGGCAAAAAUAUCUUCCUGGUAACCCUGAGGGAAUUUCCGUUAAAGAUGCAAAUUUUGUAUACAAAUGUGUAUGCACAAUUAGUGGAUUUCACACUAGGCCAAUUUAUGAUGUUACUUGGUGCCAUUUGACAGAUCUAAUUGCCACGGCAUGUGGUGACAAUUCUAUAAGAAUAUUUAAAGAAGAAGAUUUAUCUGACUGUAAUCAACCAUCAUUUUCAUGCAUUUCACAUGUGAGUGAAGCUCAUUUACAAGAUAUCAAUUCUGUUCAGUGGAAUCCUGUAGUUAAAGGAGUUUUAGCAUCUUGCAGUGAUGACGGAUUGGUAAAAAUUUGGAAAAUGGAAUCAACAUAAAGCUAUCACAAAAACAUUUAACUUUGUUUAACACUUUAAUCCAUGUAUCGUUAUUUUAUCAUUGUAUUGUAUAGAAAUUAUAAUAUUAAUUCAAAAUAUAUUUUGAAUGGGAUGAUUAUUUAGAAAUUAAAACUAAGCAUCUGAAAUUAUGCAUUAAUAUCAUUACUGUGUGAUUAAGUUUAUUAAUAAGAAACCAUUACAGUUGUAUUUUA